AUGGCCGCGGUUGAGCUCCCCGACUCUCCGCUGUCAUUGGCUUCCGCGGUGACAAGCGGCAGCGGCGGCGGGCGGGAGGUCGUUGGCGGAGGCGUCACCGGUGGCCGUGACAGCGGUGUCGGCGGGUACUGGAGCGUGGACGGGCCCGGCGGGAGGCUGGUGGAGGAGUCUCCGUCCAGGGCGAAGGAGCGCGCUGCUCGGAGAUCGCUGAUGCGCGAGGCCGAUACUCUGGGCAUAGCGUCCGUGUUUUCCGGAGAGGCAACGGCAAGAAGCUUGUCUUCGGGUACCGUUGGAGGCGUUGAUGGCGCCGCAGCUGACGGUAUCGACGGCGGAAGCCUCGGCGGAAUAGCGGCGGCGGCGGCGGCGGCGGCGGCGGCGCACCAUCCUCUCCGACGCAGCUCGCUGCUGUCAGGGGAGCGCGCCGUGUUCAAGCCUGUGGUGAACCGCAUCGGAUCUCUGGAGCUCCAGGUUCUCGCACACCAUGGCGCUGUCGAGAACAACGUGGUCAAGGUGGACCUCCCCGUCAUACAGGCCGCCCUCAACAGCCUUCAGCUCCGACUAGUCGCCACGGUCGUGUCCGAGGUCCUCGCCAGCCCUCUCCCACCGGUAGUGCUCGCCAUGCUCAAGGCCACCGGGAGUAGCACGGGGGCGACGGGGAAUCAAGACUGGGGGAGUGGCCGGCGGAGUUCCGCCGCAGAUGGCGGUGGCGUAGCGGAGGGGAUGGAGGACGAUCCGGUGGCCCCGGGGAGUAGCCACGGCAGGAAUUGGCGGGGCAUGAGAGCGCGGGCGUUCAUGCGCCCGCCUCCCACGGUGGCGAGCUCGUGGGCAACGCAGCGCCAGGCCGACUGGGAAACCUUGGAGGGGAAGAGGUGGGUGAAAGAGAGAAUAGUCCCACGCGCGGCGCGUCUGUUGCCUUUUUUGUGUUUUGCUCUUUCGGCAAUGACACCGGUGUUUGUGCGUACCCGCUGGUGCGCGUUGUGCCAUUUACGGCGCGCGCGUGUGUUGUGUUGCAGGAGUAUGUUGGCGUCGGAGCUCCUGCGGAAGGCCGUGCGUCUCCUCAAGCAGAAGCUGCAACAACGCCCCAACACCCACCUCGCCUUGCACCUGAAACGGCUGAAGCUGGAGCUGUGGCGCGACGAGAGUAACGCCCCGUUCCUCCGGGCGGAAGUGCGGCGGGUAACCGCCGACGUGAUGGUGUACGACGAUUCCUCGGGAAGCGUCGACCUGCAGGUGGGGUCUUUGUGGGCGAGCCAGGUUAGAGGCUGCGGCUACAACCCGGCAGAAGCGGCUGCUGCUACAACGGAGCAACCACCGCCACCGGGACCACCCUCGACGCCCCCGUCGCCGACACAAGCCGGUAGCCAAGGCAAGAAGACACCAGGCCUCGCAGCGGCAGCGGCGCAAGAAGAAGGAGAAGAACGCGGCGCAUCCGACUGGUGGCGCGCCGGGGAAGGGGGCCCCGCGGAUGCGGCAAGAGCGGGCCAGCAGACCCUCAUGGCCCUUGAGGUCGUGAAGCCGCUCAUGCGCCAGGACUUGGAGCGACUGUCGGACCAGGGGAAUCUGCGAGGCUGGUCUCCGCGAGAAAUUACUGUGCACGUGCAAAUACAACUGGGGUCUCCCAUCGGAGAAGUGACCCUGGUUCGUCACUUCGAGGCGGCCGUUUUCCCGCUGGUGCUUCACCUUCGGCGGUCCCUGUUCACCGAUCUAUCCGCCUUUUCUUCGGAGGCCGUGGCGGCUCUCUCGUCUGCCGGGGCCGUAGAUUCGGGGGCGACGCAGCGUGAAGAGCAGAUCAAGGCGUCUUUCCUCACGUCGAGGAAGGCCAAGACGAAGCAGGGUAGGUCCGGGCUGGGGCGAAGCCGCCUCCGACGCUCUUGGAAGGGCAAGAGUUCCUCUGCCACCUCUUCCGUCACCCCCGGGCCUCCUGCUGCCGCGUCGGCGGUUGGCUCUGGCCGUGGCGGCAGGGCUCGGUCGGGGAGCGUCGGUGGGUAUACAGCCACCGUGGAUUCCGCCUCUGAUGUCGGCGAUGCCGGGGUGGACGAUUUACUCGAGAGUGGCCGUGUCUCCCAACACGGGUCUACGGCGGCAGCAGCAGUACCGGGAGCUAAGGAGGAUGCUUCGACCCGGGAUGCCGACGAGGCGGGCGUGAUGGCCAAGCCCAUGGCUGUCAAGCACCUUCGACUCGGGGAGGUGAACGUCUUCCUGACUUACAUGGGGGACCGCUACCUAGAGCUAGAGGAUGUGGACAACGUGCACCUCAAGCUUCACCCCCUCGUCUACACGAAUAAGACGUGGACCCCUAGGAAGCUUCUCUUCAGGAUGCGGAGGGACGUCAUACUCGAUGUGCUCUCUCAGGUGAGCCGCAACUUUAACAACCUGGGGAACUUCCUCAACACCAGGGUCCUCAAGUCGGGGGCCGCCACAAACACCUCGUCCUCGACCCUGAUGGGCACGUCGGCUGCCUGCCGCCGCCCCUCGAGCGGCGGCGGUGCCGGUGCUGGCAUUAGUGGCCUGGGCAAGAGCAACAAGCAAGCCUCUCCCUCGGCCGCCGCGGGAGGGAAGACGAGCGGCACCGGCACCGUGUACUUGCCCGAUCUCUUGUCGGAGACGUCCGGCGGCGGUGCCUCUCGGUCAAUGUCUCUAUCCCCGCGCCCGGGACGGUCGCUGUCGCUCAAGGGACGGAAGCUUCUCGGGAGAAACCCAUCCGCGACGCCACGAAGGGCGACCGCACGUGCAGAGGCGGGGCGAGCGGGAGCGGCGGCGGCGGGGGUGGUGGAGGGGGUGGGGGCAACCCCUCCGGCGGAAUGUCUUCGCGUCUGCCAUCGAGGAUCAAGAGGCUGGCGUUCUCGGGGAAGAAGGGGGCCGGCGAUGGGGGCGGCGGGGGGGUAG